CAGGGCUGUAAUUUUGAAAGUCCUUAUGUAAAUAGGUUGCGCGAGCCUUCUGAAGCUCACACACCGUCAGGAGGAAGUCCGCUCGACCAGGGAUUCGGUCGCUGUUGUGAGAGGGCGCUUCGCUUUUCUGACCCCAAUGUUUGGCAGCAAUGAGGUGAAUGAGAAACACUCGUCUGAGGUUUUGAACAGCGUAAAAAGCUGUAGGUGAUGUCCAGAUCUUAGACACAGACGCAUCUCCCUCCCAUCAUGGACUCCAAGAAGCCGGGGAUGCUUCGGAAUCUCCGCCAGAAGAUGAUGCCGCACCUCCGCCGAGCGAAGCCGAACCAAAGCAAGCAUGUCCUUCAGCUGGAUAACACCCUGGACCACCGGAUGAGCUGCUCCGUACCCGACAUGAGGAACAUGAGGCAGGAGUACGCUCACCUCUCCUCCGUCCCACAACUCCAGCAGUACAACUCUCCCAGCUUCAGCAACCCCUCCACUCCACUCGUCCAGUCAGGCAGAGGCCAAGGAGAAGGUGGGGGUGGCCUGCUGAUUGGAGGGUACGACGGUGAAGCUGGGAGGAGUGUCCCUGCUGACUGCACCGACUGGGCCUCCUCUCAUGAGUCAUUCAACAGCCUGUGUGGGGAGGAGAAUAGCUCUCCAGAGGCUAAACACAGAGCACCUGGGGUCAUGGAGCCUGAGGAGCUGGGCCUGCCCGAGAUGAUGACCGUGUACAGCCCGGAGCCUCCACCACUGGAGGUGUCCCAGGACAGCUCACAGUAUGAUUAUCAGGAAUACGGAUCAAAAGACGAUGACAACCAGAACUCUGAGAUGGGCAAUGAGUCUCCGAGUGUGUCGGAGGGCAUCAAGGAUUCUACCCGGUCCUUCCUGCUCACCAUCAACCUGAAGGAGGGACGCAACCUGGUCAUCAGGGACCGCUGCGGUACCAGCGACCCGUAUGUGAAGUUCAAAUUGGAUGGGAAGACAUUAUACAAAAGCAAAGUGGUUUAUAGAGACCUCAACCCCAAAUGGAAUGAGAGCUUCUCCAUUCCUGUGAAGGAUCUGAACCAGAAACUGUACAUCAAGGUUUACGACCGUGAUCUGACUACUGAUGACUUCAUGGGCUCCGCUACCGUCACCCUGAGUGAACUGGAGAUGGACAAGGCCAACGAGCUGCUCUUGUCCUUGAACGACCCCAACAGCCUGGAGGAGGACAUGGGCCUCGUGUUGGUGGACAUGAGUCUGUCACUCAGAGACGGAGACGGCAGAAGAGGCCCUCGGUGGCCCCAAAUGCGAAAACGAAGUGUUAGGUCGGGGAGCUCUGCUCAGAACCUCCGUCUGUCCGAGUCUCUGAGGAAGAGUCAGCUGUGGACCUCUGUGCUGUCCGUGACUCUGGUGGAGGGUCAGGAGAUGCCGCUGGACUCUCAGGGGGGUCAGCUCUUUGUCCGCUUCAGACUGGGAGAGCAGAGAUUCAAAAGCAAGAAUCACUGCAGAGUGUCCAACCCGCAGUGGCGAGAGAGGUUCACUCUGAACCAGUUUGUGGACAGUCCGGACGCCCUGGAGGUGGAGCUCUGGUCUAAAGAAGGACGGAGGAGUGAGGAGUGUUUGGGAGCGUGUGAAGUUGACCUGUCCACAGUACCCUUUGAUCAGAGACAGCUGUUAACACACACACUGGACCAGGGCAAGGGGCGCUUAGUUUUCCUGCUCACACUGAACACAUGCAGCGGUGUCUCCAUCUCUGACCUGUGUGCUGCGCCUCUCGAUGAACCCCACGAACAAGAGAACCAGCUGGACAACUACAGUUUGAAAAAUUCCCUGAAAAACCUCCGUGAUGUUGGUUUCCUUCAAAUAAAAGUGAUCAAGGCUGCAGAUUUGAUGGCUGCUGAUUUAAACGGCAAGAGUGAUCCUUUCUGUGUGCUGGAGCUGGGGAAUGACAGACUGCAGUCCCAAACAAUCUAUAAAAGCCUCCACCCAGAGUGGAAUAAAGUCUUCACAAUCCCUGUCAAAGACAUUCAUGAGGUUCUGGUGGUGACUAUCUUUGAUGAGGAUGGAGACAAGGCGCCAGACUUCCUGGGAAAAGUCGCCAUACCCCUGCUCUCGGUCCGCAGGGGACAGCAGAUCACCUACCCGCUGAAGAAGGAGGACUUAGGUGGGCUGUCAAAGGGCACCAUCACUCUGGACGUGGACGUUAUUUUUAACCCUGUCAGAGCGAGUAUAAGAACCUUCAAUCCAAGGGAGAGAAGAUUCCUGGAGGACAAUUCCAAGUUUUCCAAAAAGGUUCUGGCCAGGAACGUGAUGCGCGUUCAGAUGCUGUACAGGGCCAUCAUGUCGACUCUGCACUACAUCAAAAGCUGCUUCCAAUGGGAGAGCGUUCAGAGGAGCCUGCUAGCCUUCCUGGUGUUUCUGGUGACGGUGUGGAACUGGGAGUUCUACAUGCUGCCCCUCUUCCUGGUGCUGCUCAUCGCCUGGAACUACAUCCAGAUCCGCUCCGGGCGGGUCGCUCAGGACGAGGACAAUAUGGAUGUGGGCGAUGAUGAAGAGGAUGAUGAGAAGGAGUCGGAGAGAAAAGGGCUGAUGGAGAAAAUCCACAUGAUCCAAGACACCAUCCUCACCGUUCAAACCCUGCUGGAUGAGAUCGCUAACUUUGGGGAGAGGAUUAAAAACACUUUCAACUGGUCGGUGCCAUUCCUGUCCGGCCUGGCUAUCCUCAUUUUUGUCACUGCAACAAUCCUCACGUACUACGUCCCUGUUCGAUACGUGGUUCUAAUAUGGGGCAUCAAUAAAUUCACCAAGAAAUUACGGAACCCGUACAGCGUCGCCAACAAUGAAGUGGUUGAUUUCCUGUCGAGGGUGCCUUCAGAUGUGCAGAAGGUUCAGUACAGUGAGAGGAGAGGCAGCAGGAAGAAGAAACUCUUGUAAUUCCUCCUCAAAAACCGUUCCCAGAGGACCUGCAUGUCUCUGGGUGUGUGGUAGGUUUGAAUCUAAAUCAGAUGUGGUGAUACACGGCGCGCCAAACAGACCCUUCAACCAAAGAAGUCCUUUUGAGGACCCCGCAGCGAUGACGGAGGAGACAUUUGUUAUUUAAUUUCCAAAGAUUGUAUGUACAGUUUUUUUCUUUUAGAUAAUCAGAAGCUGCUUUAUUUUAUAUGUUUCAUGGCCCCAGGUUAUGUUUUCCUGAAACCAGCAGAAAUAUCAGUUUGUAUUAUAUUGAAUGUAUGUGCUGGGUGUGUAACAUUUGUUCGAUAUUUUUAUGUUAUUUACACUGAAAAUGUGCUGACUUCCAAAAUGGAAUAAUCACCUAAUGGUGAAGUUGCUGUUGCUGAAAUGAAAGUAACAUUUAAUUAUGGGUUACUUUUUAUGGGUUACAAGUCAUCAUAAGAAAUGUUCUUGGAAAAUGGUUAUAUUUUGAAGUACAUGGUAUUUGUGGUUUAAAAGAAUAUGAAGAAUUUCCAGCUAAAAUGAUUAAGGCUUUCUUAUGUACAUAUUACGCUGGCCCUGAAAGUCAAUAACAACAUUUUACAAAACAUUUUACAAAACACAACCACAAUUCAGAAAACCCAACAACAUUAACACAAACGGGAAAAGGGAGGUAGGUCUUUGAAAUGGAUUCCUCUUUGCUGAUUAGAUGCGUCUGUCAGUCUAAAUCUAAGCAAAGGAGGAUACUUCUUAUUUAGGGCAAAGACUGGCCCACAUAUCCCAUAAUGCCCAGUGGUGGCUAUUUGAUUACGUUUGCUGAAGAGUUAACGCUUUUUUGUAACUUUUUGAGGAAUCCAUGUCCAAUACGUGCCUACAUGUUUCGGUUAUAGGAAAUGUUGUUGUUUUUCUCCAUUGCUGCUGUGUUUUUUUAAAUCUCGUGUUUUCAAAAAUGUUUAUCUUUGAAAAUGUUGUGUUUCGACCAUCAGGGCCACCGUACCAUACAGCAACAUUGAUUAGUAGCAACUAUUCUGCAUCAUAUCCUUUUUGUUUCUUUCAUUUACCUUUUUUGAAAAUGGAUAAAUGGCUAUUGUGUACAGCAUUGACUGACUGAUUUUACUUUAACGUGACAUUAUGGACUUAUUUUUACAUGCAAAGAUGAGUCCUUACAUUUAGUGUUUCAUUCAAUCUACAUAAAGGAUGAUUGUACUCUGUUGUAUUUUACUCUUUGCUUCUGAGUGGGAUGGGGCCAGAUCUGUACACACGCAACUUUAUUUAUUAACGACAAUCACAGAUGAAGACUUUGUUUCUCAUUUCGGACAGCAAUAAAUGCAAAGUUUGGGUGUA